AUGCCGACCUGGCUCUUUGUCCGAGUCGGCCAGUGGGAAGAACAAGACAACUCCACCCCGGCGAUUUGGCUCAAGUUGAAACCGAAGGAAGGAAAUGAUAUAACGUAUCAUUCAAAACUCCCCAGCCCAAAAGCAAGUUUUCCCCAGCCGAGCGGGCAAAACAUUGAACGACAGGAACAAAAAGACUGGUAG